AUGGCGCGUCAAAAGACACAAAAGACCCAAAAGGCUGGACCCGCAUCAGCCCAGCCAUCCAUAGGAAACCAGUCAGGCCAUCAGCAUGAAGCCGAAGCUGGUGAAGUUGCGAUUCCGCAGUUUUUUAACACCACGUUUUCGACUCACCGCGUGUCUCCGCUCUUUACUGGCGCUCAGAAGCUGGACCAGGCCCGCCUUGAUCGACUUGCUCACCGGCUGCGAGAUACGCUGGUUGGAGAUGUGGUUCGUGGAGUGCAGAUUGGGUUGGAGGCUACAGACACGCCCACGGGUCAGGUUGGACCGCUGAAAGCCGUAACUUUCCGCUGGUUUCAGGCAGAGGAUAUUCUGGGCGAUAAGGCUGAGAACUGGGGAGAGCUGUCGGAUGAGCAGAAGAGGGGGCUUUGGAUCGAGAUGCGGCAUGAGAACGCAGCAUAUGUCGCGCUCCUGCUGCCUGGCUUUUCGCGUUCACGUCAGGGGUCUAGCAUAAACAUCGCAGCUGCGAAAUCAUGGAACAUGGGCUUUGAUACUCCGGACAUGGGCGAGGCUGAUGGUAGCCAGUUCCUUCGUCUGCCUUUGCUGCUCCUUCGAAUGCCCCAAGCUCUCAAGGCUGUCAUCGGCGAAUGGCUGUCGACAACCUUUGACUGCCGUGUCACCAAGCUCAAUUUGGGGACUCGGACACUGGUCAGCAUUCUGGAAAGCUGGAUUCCGCAAACCGGACUACCUCGAGCCGACUCGGAUCUUGUGUUGACUCUCGCAUUCAAUGCACCCGUAACAGAUCCAGGCCGAGAGGCUGUACUUCGACCGGACGGUGAUUUAGAUGAAGACGAAGACGAAGCUGAAGCAACGGAGCCUGGGCUACGAUCUAUGGAAAUUAGCAUCUCGGCGUCAGACCUGCGCCGCUUCUUACGCGCCGGGAAAGCACUGCAGAAAACUUCGAAUACCGGUCCGGGCACUGCUCUGUGGGAACGUGAUGAUAGAGAACGGCGCAGGCUCGCAGGUUCGCACAUAGAUGACGGAUGGGGAUGGCUGAAGCGCAAAGACGGCUCUGAAUAUCCCUUGAUGGAGGCUUUAGCGAGCCAUCUCAACCACCACAUGGCACUGAAUCUGUUCCAUCCGGGUGUCCGUGUCAUCCAAGUGUCAUGCGGGGGAUUUUUCCUCUCGCAGUCUCGGAUCAAGAUUGUGAAGUCGGGAGACGUGACUGAUGAUCUGUCCAGAGCAGCGUGGAUGUUUGUGACGCUGUUGGGAGAAAGAGUUCAGACCGACGCGGUACCCUUGGGGACCUGA